UCUGAAAUAACAGUAUUCAUUGAUGAGAAACGUAUAAUAAAUAAAAUCAUGAUUUAUCUGAACACCAGCGAUAAUGCAACAAGUGGCCGAUUGAAUUUUGUCACUUCAACAUCGGUAUCCCACUUUCAACUAACCCAAAUUUUAGGCCCUUCGAUCAUUUGAAAAUUCUCAAGUUUCAUUACCUACGCAAAUGGCCAAGUAAUUCAUAAUCAUCCGAAAAAUCAAUGUCGCAUGCUUAUUACAACGAACUAUGGCUCAUCACGAGAAACGAUUUGGAGAAACUCCUGUUGCUCGAUCGAAGAUUGCAACGGGAACGAAGAACGGGAAUAAAAGAGCAGGGCUUGAAUCUUCUAGUUCCAACUUAUCUUAGAUAUCGUAAUUUGGUGAAGAGGCUGAUAGUGUGCCAUGAUCAGAUGGUGCAAUCGCAGAAACGAGACUUGAUAAAACGUGUCCUGGAUUGUUCAAUUGGCCGAAUGCUGGAGUAUAAAAGGGAGAUCGUUAAACUAAACUGUUCAGAAUAUUUAUGGCCUGAUGACUUCAUGAGGCAAUUCAAGUACACCCCCGACGAUGUAGAAAUAUUCGUUUCAGCGACUGCCAAAGAUCUUAUUCAGCAGCGUAGAAAAUACAUAGAAGAAUUAAUAGAAAAUGCUUUCAUAGUGCAAAAAGUAAAAGAACAAGAAGAAGUUGAUAGUGUAAGCGUAAGCAUCAGUGAAGCUGGAAGUAUCGUCGGGUCCCAGGAAAGCGUAUCAAAAUCUCGAAGAAGAAGACUACAAGAGAAAGCUUCCACGGUAUCUAAAGUACCAUCCAUUCUUCAAGAAUGUCCGGAAGUGGUAGCAGCUCGGGAAGCUCGAAUCGCAGCCGAAAAAGCUAUGCAAGAUGCGAUACUGCUUAUACAGUGUCACGAGAGAGCAAGAAUGGGUCGUUGUGCUGGAUUGGAAUUGCAACGAAUGUGUACUUACAACCGCAAGCUGCAGAUGGGUGAAAUUAUGCCAAAAAAGAUGAGCAUAGCCACCUUCGUAUUCGCAGCAAGGACGAUACAAAGAGCUUGGAGAAGAUAUCUGGCGAAGAAGAAAAUGAAAAAACGGGCGGAUCGUAUGGAAGAACUAUUGGACAUGACGAUACCAAGCUGGAAAUCUGAAAAAGUAUUCGUUAAGGAUAAAGAAAGUUUUCAGAAGAAAUUAGAACUGAUGCCAGGGUUCGUUGAUCGAGUAACGAAAACGACAGAAGAUAACCGAGCUAAACUGUGGAAGAUCAGAGGACCAGGUUUAAUCGAAGACAUCACAGAGGAGGUUCGAGAAUGGUUCAUCGUAUGGUACGACACGGUUGGACACUACGACGCUUACCCAGCUGCACGUUUAGGGGGCAGCGUUCUAAUAGCCACCGGGGAAACUUUAACACCUGAAGAGUAUCUAAUGCGGAAGGGAGAGAAAGAAGCGGCUAAAGGUAAAGGUAAAGGAGCAGCUGCAACUGUUGCUAAACCAGCAACAGAUUCUACCAAAAAGAAGAAGAAGAUGAUACCUUGGAUAGAUGAGACAAAAGCAUUUUCCUUCCUCGAUGAUGCCAAUCAGGAUUUUAUUAAGAACUGGAGCUUUCAUGACGAUUCAAAUGAUCCUCAGGAUAAAAUAUACGAGGACCUCAUUAAGGACAAGCUUUGCUAUGAGCUUCAGUUGGAGAUGAGGAGAAUAGUUGAUGAACUGAUGAGGCUGGAGCUGCAAAAAUUGAAUAAAGCAUUGAAAAAGGAUUACAAAGCAGAUAAGAAAAAGCUGGAUAUACCUAAAGAUAAAAGUAAAAAAAAAAAGAAAAAAGGAAGAAGAGGAAAGAAGAAAAAGGAUGCGCUGGGAGACAUUUCAGUGGAAGACAUUUUCAAAGAGUUAGCUAGAGCCGAUAUCAUCAAAACCUACCCUCUAAUAUCCCUGAAGGAUUGGAUAGGGGAUCUAUCGUAUCAGAAUUACGAAGCAGAGAAAGAAUUUCGAAAUUAUACUUAUCGAAUGGGCGAAAUUAGACAGGUGGUUAUGGAAUACUGUAUACUCCCUCUCAGCUCCAAGGAAGUGCACCAAACUGCACCCCUGGUGCGAGCUGUUUGUAUCUGUGGUCUUCCACGACAUGGGAAGAGCAUUCUGGCGAACGCAGUAUGCUCCGAGACUGGAGCAUUGUUAUUCGACAUGACACCAUCUGUACUGGUAGAUAAGUACAUAGGACGAAAAAACGAACGCAAAUUAAUCACGAUGAUAUCAAAAGUGGCCCGAGAAUACGCUCCUUCGAUAAUCUUCAUCGACAACGGUGAAAAACCAUGGCUGAAGAAGAUACCGCCUGAAGAGAAGAAAUUACAGCCGAGACGAUUCGCAAAGUACUAUCCAAAGUUGGUGAAAAGCAUCAAACGUGGUGACCAGAUCCUAUUUCUCACGACCUCCUCGGAGCCAUAUAAAGCAAGAAGACCCUUCGUCAAGAUCCACGACAAGUUUAUAAUGAUUCCUCUCACGGACUACAACACGCUUUACAUGUUUUACAAAGAUCUGCUGAUGAAGUACCACGAAGUGGAUCGCAAUAUCGACGUCUCUUGUUUGGCGAAGAUGUCCGUGGGCAUUCCAUUGGAGUUCAUAAGAAACGCCGUCGAGAAUGUCCUAAAUCUUCGGCGCAGGAUCACCCUUAAGUUUAACCCGUUGAAACAGCAAGAGAUUAUGGAGGAAGUGUUCAAGUACGAGCCACCUCGAGCGAAGACGUUGAAGCAGUUUGUGAAUUUUGAAAAUAAAACUCCUCUUGGUAAAAAGAGGUUGAAGAUACUGGCAAAAGAGAAGCAAGAACACGAACUCCACGAGAAAAUGAAAAAAAUGCGUAAAUGAAGCACCCUUCACUGAAAGGAAGAGAAUGGAAACGAUAGGAACUCGCCAGAUAAAACGUGGGAUGUAGCCGCAUUAAGAGACAAGGCUGUGGCAUUUUUAACGAAUCCUUUUCGCGAUGAAAAUGUUGUAAACUCGUCGGCUGUUGGGCAAGCCAAGGAAAUCGGACGACUGAAAUAAAUUAUGAGGAAAACGAAGGACCACGAACGUAUUUGGCGCGGGAUGCCGUUCAAAGACAGUGACCUUUCCGGGAGAAACGUCUUUGGAAGAAGCACGAUCAUCGAUUGAGCGAUUCCUUCUUUCUUUCGUAUCACGAUUCGCCAACGUCCGUGUCCGGACGUGAAACUGGUUUUCGUCGUCUUCGUGGGACGCUAAAAACGAUCAUCGAAAAACAGGAGACAGAUAUAGCGAGGAAUAUCAUCAGAGGGGAAAAAAAAGAACA